AUGGCCGUGGAUUACAUGGCGGCAUACAACACUAUACAGCACCCGCCACAAGAAACAUCCGCCUACCUGGACCUGGGGUCACCAAAAGACCAGCUCUCCAGCACCAACCAUGCAAGCAGAGCAUCCUACCCACACAACAACACAAGACCCAGCUCCAUUCUCCCCACACAAGGAGAUACUUGGACUAUGCAAGGCCCCCGGACAGUGGCUCGGAGAGGAGGACCUCAGCACGGACCUGGGGCCAGAGAGCUCCAUCACCACGCCUCCAGCCAAAAAUGGGAGUCGGAAACCCACAGCGCUUAUCCCAUCACCGCAGCACUACGCACUCCCGCGGCCCCCAUGAUUUCCCGGCUGAGAAUGGGUAUUGGCUGA